GAUUAGUUCAUGUCGAGGUAAAUAAAAGCAUAUAUGUAGAGCUAAAUCCUGUCCUCCUACUUGACUAGCCCCUCCCCCAUCAUUUAAUCUGUCCCGUGUCAGUCAUCAGUGCACGCCGGGACUCGAACAGCAACAUGGCGACUGAGUUCCACAAUUUACAGGAGUUGAGGCACAGUGCAUCCCUGGCCAACAAAGUCUUCAUCCAGAGGGACUACAGUGAGGGAACCACUUGCAGAUUCCAGACCAAGUUCCCUUCUGAGCUGGAGAGCAGGAUUGAGCGGACUUUAUUCGAGGACACUGUGAAGACGCUCAACAACUUCUACGCAGAAGCAGAAAAGAUCGGAGGGCAGUCUUACUUGGAAGGCUGUCUGGCCUGUGCCACAGCAUAUCUUAUCUUCCUCUGCAUGGAGACACGCUAUGAAAAGGUGUUGAAGAAAAUUUCCAAGUACAUUCAGGAGCAGAAUGAAAAGAUCUAUGCUCCGAGGGGUCUGCUCAUCACCGAUCCCAUAGAGAGGGGAAUGCGAGUUAUUGAGAUUUCCAUCUACGAAGACAGAGGCUCCAGCGGUUGCAGCUCGGGGAGCAGCUCUGUGUCCAGCAGCACAGCUCGAUGAUUGAGCACUUCUGGCAAAACAAUGUCCCUCUGAUCACUCAUCACCCUGGAGAACAACUUUUGGGUAUUUGAACCGUUCCUCCAUCGCUUCACAGAUCCACAAGAUGUUCCUGAAGAAAGAAAUUUCUCCUCAGCUGUACUACAUUAGUUACUAUAAGGCAUUGCCAACAUGCCAAAUAUGCACUUGAGUCAUUUGUUGCAAUGCACCCGAUGAACAUAAUCAUAUUUUAUAUUUCUGAUGUGAUGGAAACAUCGAAUUCCUUAUAUUUUUAUUUUAUCAGUGAUGUGUCAUUUCAUUGGUGAGAAGAUGGAUAUGACUAGAUGUUUUCAAACCACAAUUGUACAAAAUGGAGAAAGUACACCUGCACUUGUUAUAACUCUCCAGGCACACUAACGCUGGCUUUUGAAUAUUUUAUAGCUUUUAUAAACAUAUCACAGAAGGGUGUGCUUCACCUAACCUUGCCUAGAUCUCCACACGAUAGAUCAAAACCAAUCCAGAUGAAGAUCAAGGCACUAUAUCGUAUUGUAUUGUAGCAGAUGAAUGUCGUUCAUCAUGUAUGUAAUGUAGCAAGUCUUCCAUUUCCCGCACACCAAGCCUAUAUUUUACAAAAUCCACAGGGGUUUCAAAUAAAAACCCAGUUUCUCUGAUUUUGAUCAACUCUUCCAAAAAUUGUAUUUAUGCAAGGACGUAGCAAAAAUGAGCAUGUGAGGCAAAGUCAAAUCGUCUUCCUGAAUCGUCACUGUCAUGUGUUGAAUUACACAGUAUGCAUAAUUGACCAAACCUCCAAAGACAAAUAUUUGCCAAAAAAGGAAUCAUUCGUGCAAAUGUCUCAAGUAUGUCGGUGACAUUUUGUGCCGACUCAAACUUCGGUGCAGCUUAAUUGUGUGAUGACUGCUGUCUAAUAAAUACAAUGUAAUCACAAAUGCA